GGAGGAGGGGACCACGGACGGGUCGGAGGGCUUCCCGGAGUCUCCCCUGCAGAGCCCCAGGCUGCUGGUGGCCCUGCUGGCCCGCAACGCCGCGCACACGCUGCCCCGCUUUCUGGGCUGCCUGGACAGGCUGGACUACCCCAAGAGCAGGAUGGCCAUCUGGGCAGCUACUGACCACAACCUGGAUAACACUACAGCAAUCCUCAGAGAAUGGUUGAAGAAUGUUCAAAAACUCUAUCACUAUGUGGAAUGGAGGCCUAUGGAUGAACCUGAGUCUUACCCCGAUGAAAUUGGACCCAAGCACUGGCCCAGCUCCCGGUUUACCCACGUGAUGAAACUCCGGCAGGCUGCGCUGAGAACUGCGAGGGAAAAGUGGUCAGACUAUGUCCUGUUCAUAGAUGCAGACAACUUCCUCACCAAUCCUCAGACCCUGAAUCUGAUGAUCGCAGAAAACAAGACCAUUGUGGCCCCAAUGCUGGAGUCUCGCAGCCUCUACUCUAACUUCUGGUGUGGAAUUACGCCUCAGGGCUACUAUAAACGUACCCCAGACUACGUCCAAAUCAGGGAGUGGAAGAGGAUAGGCUGCUUUGCGGUUCCCAUGGUCCACUCCACAUUCCUCAUUGACCUCCGAAAAGCGGCCUCGGACAAGUUGUCGUUUUUCCCUCCACACCAGGACUAUACCUGGACCUUUGAUGACAUCAUCGUCUUCGCUUUCUCCAGCAGGCAAGCAGGGAUCCAGAUGUACCUCUGUAACAAAGAGCACUAUGGGUACCUGCCUGUCCCACUGAAGCCACACCAGACGCUAGAGGAGGAUAUUGAGAACCUCAUUCAUGUGCAGAUUGAAGCAAUGAUCAACCGCCCCCCUAUGGAGCCCUCCCAACAUGUCUCUGUCGCCCCCAAGUAUCCCGACAAGAUGGGGUUUGAUGAGAUUUUUAUGAUCAACUUGAAAAGGCGAAAAGACAGGCGAGACCGUAUGCUGCGAACCCUAUAUGAGCAGGAGAUCGAAGUAAAGAUUGUGGAGGCUGUGGAUGGGAAGGCCCUGAAUACAAGUCAGCUGAAAGCUCUGAAUAUUGACAUGCUCCCUGGGUACCGGGAUCCCUAUUCUUCUAGGCCACUGACAAGGGGCGAAAUUGGCUGCUUCCUUAGCCACUACUCUAUCUGGAAAGAGGUGAUCGACCGGGACUUGGAGAAGACCCUGGUGAUUGAGGACGAUGUGCGUUUUGAGCACCAGUUUAAGAAGAAGCUCAUCAAGCUGAUGGAUGACAUUGACCGAGUCCAGUUGGAUUGGGAACUGAUUUACAUUGGUCGGAAAAGGAUGCAGGUGCAAGAACCGGAGAAGGCGGUUCCCAAUGUGGUGAAUCUGGUCGAGGCCGAUUACUCCUAUUGGACCUUGGGCUAUGUCAUUUCCUUGGAAGGGGCUCAGAAGCUGGUCGGAGCUGACCCCUUCGGGAAGAUGCUGCCAGUGGAUGAGUUCCUGCCUGUGAUGUACAACAAGCAUCCUGUAGCCAAGUACAUGGAGUACUACGAACCCAGAGACCUGAAGGCCUUUUCGGUAGAGCCCCUGCUCAUCUACCCGACUCACUACACAGGGCAGCCCGGGUACCUCAGCGACACCGAGACCUCUACCAUCUGGGACAACGAGACUGUGGCUACGGACUGGGACCGGAAGCAUUCGCGCAAGACUCAGGAGCAGGAACACAUCCACAGUAAUGCCCAGAACACGGACGCCCUGGCCCCGCAGCCCUCCUUGGACUCCGCUACCCCUCGCGAUGAACUCUGAGCAGUUCCCGGGCCCGGUGCGGUCCUGACCCCAGCCCGACCCGUUAGCUUUUCCGUAGACGCUUCUAGCUCGUCAUCCAGUACCUUUUUGUUUUUACCAUAGCUCCCAGCAAGUUGAGUUGAUCGACUUGAGUUAAUGAAAAGGGAAAGGAAGGAAAAAUUAGCUGGAAGAAUGGUAGAGACUUCAAAAAAAAAAAAAAAAGCACAAUGCCAAACUCCUGUUUGGCCUCACACUUCAUCUCCUUGGCGAAGUGCUUGGUCAGACAGGGUUCACUGGGUUUACCCAAAUUAUUUUUGGAAAAAACACUCCAUUGUGUCCAAUUUUAUACCGAUCCUGGGGUCAGGAUGUUGUAUUUAUAAGAUAAAUUUAAUAUAUAAGGGCCUUAGGACAGGAAUUGGGCUUGUCAAGUACCUCAGGGUUGAAGGUGCUGCUGUGCCGCGUCUCAGAUGAAGCGACGUUUGUGAGCUUGAGAGGACAGCGGCAGGAAAGGAACCUUCUCCAGUCCAGAGAAUGGGCCUCCCCUAUGUGAGUCAAAAUACCUUAAUUAUUCCUCUGAAAGGUUUUUAAAAAUUUCAGCCAGCCCUUUUCCUGUAUUUGGUUUUUCUUAUCAUUCAUCUGAGUUGUGAUUUGAGAAAAGGGAGUUCCUCCUGUCCGGGCUUGGACCCCCAAGCCUUGGAGCAAGGUUGGGCCCGUUGGCAAGUUUUCAAACAAAGAAAAGCCAGAAGGAAAUGCUGAAAUUUCAAGAUGGGUUUUCCAAAAGCAUCUCCAGGCAUAUCAAGGGGGAAAGGGAAAGGCCUAUAUUCAGAAGCAAAUGGGGUUGAUAAGCUAGCAUAGCACUGGGCAGCAAAGUCACUAGCCAGCUAAUGGGUGCUGAUGAUCUUGAGCAAGACUUCCCCUGCUCCCAAGGGCUCCUUCCUUCUUUAAAAGAAAAAUUGAAUGGGCACAAUCAGUGUCUGACCUCCUUGGAGAGGGUCCUUUGAAACAGUACAGGGGUGAGCUACUUGUCUUAAAAACUUGGGUUGCAGGACAAAAGGGCAGUUUGCCUUUUCUUGGUUGGAUGGUGAGGAUCAGGUAUGCCUAGGUUCGGUUGGGCAGAGAUACCUUUGAGUAGGUCAAGGCAUCUCUAUUAGAGUCCAGGUUACCCUGCUUAAAUUAGCUGACAAGUUUAAAUCUUUUGUUUUGUUUUUUUCUUAAAGUUACAAGGUUUUUGAUGGAAAAAUUUUCAGUUGAGUGAGGGUGUUUUACCUGAUUGGAUAUUUUCUACUUUGUGUGCGUGUGUGUGUAUGUGUGUGUCGCAUUGGAAGAAUUUUUUUGUAAGUUGCAAACAAUGUUACUUGGGUUUCUCCUUGCGUCGUCAGCUGGUCUGACCAUGAUUCUGAGAAUCUGGAUGCAGAAGAAUCAGGUGUUUGGAAUCUCAGUUCUCACAGACCCAACUUUAAGUUCAGGAACUUUGGAGUAGAACUUUUCUAACUGUGAAUGCUAUGCUAACCCUGCCUUCGUUCCUCCCAUCCUCUCCUGUCAGGCUCGAGGGUCGGAGCAAGAGUUUAGUCUCUGUGAAUGAAACAAAGUCUUUUAAAGAAGAGUUCCAACGGUUCUUUGAUACCGAGGCUCAGUUUCAGAAAUACUCCAAACUGUCCUGGAAUCUCUGCUCCAGGCACUAACUUGUUCUGGGUUAGGAGGGCAACUUUCCUUCCUUCUAGAAUUGGCUUUUGAGUAGUAGAGAAAUAGCUUCAGCGACCGGUCAAAAUGCAAGCUUGAUGCUUCUUACAUGGGAUGAAUCUCAAUUUCUCCUAAGACCUGAGUGGUUUUUAUCAGGGUCACUAUGGGCAUGAAGGUUUCCCCUUUAUGAACCCCUCAACCUCAGACGAUUUCCUCUAAAGAAAAUGCUAUCUUUUCUGGUCUUAUUGUUGCUGUUAAUAUUUAUUGUGUGCUCACCUUGUUCUGGUACUUUCAGAGCAAACAACAGACUUGGUCUGUGUCUGAGAAGAGCUUAAUUGCUACAGAAAUGGUCUUGGCGUUUAUCACUCUUUGGGGAAACACACAACAAGCAGAGAGUGAGUUGUAUUUUCAGGCUGCUCUGAGUUAUACAGUGUGUGUGGGUGUGUGUGCGCGUGUGCCCUCAAGGGCGUUUGCUAUGUAUGCAAGGUUUCUGGCAAAAAAAAACCCCAAAACUACUCACUUUCCUGGAGCUCGUUUUAAAAAUAAAUGAAUAACUAUAGUA